AUGGAAGAAACAGAGCUUUACUUUGCUUUUGGGUCAAAUCUGAGCGCAAGAAAAAUGCGGGAACGCGGCACUAGGUUCAUCUCUCGCGAAAGCGCAGUACUUCGAGGAUUUCGCGUCGUAUUUAGCAUAUGGAAAGACGAUGGCUUUGGUUAUGCUAAUAUUAUCCCAGAUAAGGAGUCGACCGUUUAUAGUGCCUUGUACAUCUGUUUAAAAGGAAGUUUAGCCAAGUUAGAUGAACACGAAGCAGGGAGGCUUCGGAGAGUGAACGUACAGGUGGAAAGAAAAAGCGGCGAAAUCGUGGAUGCGACAGCGUAUCAAGCGUGUGAAGAGUAUGUUAAAGAGGGGCUAAAACCGAGCCAAAUUUAUCUCAAUGAGAUACUUGAAGGAGAGGAUCUUAUUCCUAAAGAAUAUGCUGACUACUUUAGAAACUUCUUGUGUGACAAAAUUGAGAAGUAAAGACUGACGAAAUCUUUUUAAUUCAGUCAAAACUUAUAGAAAACUCAAGAGAACAUAGAGCUUUGAAGUUUAUCGAUCCGUGUAAUGGAUUGACUUAUUAUUGUAUUUAAAUUGCAAAAUUUUAAUCCCGUUUAUGUUUUGAGUGGUGAGCUGCUGGGAGUUACUUGGUCAGUUAGGGAGGUACCAUUAGAAAAGUGAUGGGGGGUGUGGUGGGGGUUUUCUGGCCCGCAAGAACUUUUUUCUGGCCGAUUGCCUGUGCAAUAACGACCCACAAGAGUCAUCGCUCGGCUAUAUUACAAAGAUUUGUUCUUCUUCAAACGUAAUAAGGUAAUAUAAUAUUAAAGUAAACCGUUUACGUGCCAUUGAAGAAAAGUCGCCAAACCUCCAGCAAUGCUCUUUUUCUCUCGGUCAUCUUUCUGAUAAAACUUACGAUCAAAACAAUGAAAAGCCUCGCCGAGAGGGUCAAAAGCGUUUUCUUUGAUCCCUGGUUUACUUAAAAUUCCUUAACAAGGCUUGCACUUCUAAUUGUCGGAAUUUCUCCUUCGUGAGUUUAUCAGAUGAUAGGUGCAUGAUCUCACGGACAUGCGCAGUACGUUAUUCAUCCCUGUCAGUUUACCCGUACAAAACGGCAUCGUAGUCAUGCAAAGCAACGCACAUUACGCACAUUUAGGGCCCGAGAAGCAUUUUUCAAGUCGGUUUAGUAGCAAACGGGAUUCUCGUUUCUGUCGACAUUGGGACUGGAUUUUAAGGUUAACUAGCGUAAUGCGUCGCGCGAGAAAGCGACUAACACAUCAGGCUAAAUUAUGGGUUAGAAUUUUGCUUUGACUCUUUCUUGUUACAUGCAAUACCUGAAUGAUAAAUUCUCUCUGACAUCAAAUGUCAGACGAGCUAUGCCAUAGGGAUUUACACGUUUUUUCCGUCAAAAGUGGCUCAAAAUAAAAUUGCCGCCUAUCUACCUUCUCCACAUAAAUGUACACUAAAUGUUAUAUCUAAGAGGAAAGUAUAAAGGGAAUUUUAGCAGAAAAAUAGCCUAAAGGACGUUUCUGUAUGAGGUAGCAGAAUUCCUUCAAGUUUAAAACAUUCGUUUGGUCAUCAGAGUAAACUUCAAGUUAAAUAAGUCACCAGUGCGAACAAUCCAAUAAAAGCGCAGUUUCUGAUUAUAAACCCUUACUAAUGGUCUCCAGCCAACCCUACCCUACCCUACCUUAUACUACUACCAACCCUACUAAGCACGCGCCAUAUCUAGUUCAGUCACACACAUAAUAGGGGUAACGCCUUUGAAGGUUUUUUUUUAAUUAAUUGUUUUUGCUGACAACGUUUUAUCCCAGGCAAGAUCAGGCAGAAGGGCAUAAAUCUCAGCUCUCUAUGGAAGUUUAGGACCACUUUUUAUAAUAUCGACGUAAGGGAGCUUGACCAACGACGACGGCGACGACAACGAGAACGGCAACAAAACAAUAGGCUUAGACAAGAGAGAAUGAGCUAGAUCAAUCUCUCUUGGUUUAGAUUGGCAAAACAACAAGGCUUUACAUGUGUAUCUUGCUUUUUUCUACAUUUCCUUGCCGUCGCUGCACUACUACAACGUGAAAGUGCUUAAUUUCACGUUUUGUCGAGGGCGUGAACGAAGACAACGACUUUCAAUUUCUUUUCCUGAACUUUGAUACAGUCUUUAAAAAUUCAACUCCAGAAAAAUUCGCCGUCGUUGUUGCUUAAGUUCAAAUUCAUUUUGCAAUGAUUGUCAAUGCCUCCCUAUUGACAUCGGGGACGAUAUCGUAAUGUAUAUACUUUGGCAAAUUCAUUUACCAAGACGCAAAUCUUUUUUAACCCCUCCCUAUUAUUGAUACCGGAUAUAGAAGAGGUCCCUCUCAAAACUUAAAAUAAAUUAAUACACGGCCCCAGGGGUUUAAUAGAUCUUUUAGGGUAUAGGUCAGUUUAGGGGAAGGAACGUCGUCCCUUUAUUUAAACUUCCUUUGUACCCCUUAGGAAUUAAUUAACUAGGAACCUCAAAAGGGCAUACAGCCGGGAAACGUACUGUUUUUCAAGGAAUAUAUGUAAAAUAUGUCAUGUGACAAAAAAUAUUCGGGAACUGGUAGCCUGCGUAGCAAGCGUUUCCAGUCGAGUUACAGCGCGAAAUUUGGAGUUUUUUUGCUCUCGUUCCAGUUUUCUCGACGAACUCGCGCGGAACCGCUUGCUACGCAGGCUAGGGAACUGGGGAAGGUUGUCCAUUUUAAUCAUGCAAAGACUGAAGCUGGUUUGUGUGCUUUCAUAUUUGCUGGAAGCUGAAUUACUUAUAACAGGUAGACAAAGAUACAGCCAAAUCUCUAUUAACCGGACACCAGCGCAUUUCCAGAGCUUCUGACGUUUAAUAGGUGAAGUCGCAGCAACGGAAUGAGACCAUGAAAACCACAGGAUUUGCUUUACCUGGUGUGCGUCUCUCAAAACUGCGAGAAACGUUACAUGCCUAAACAUAAUUUUUCAAGUUUGUUUUCUAGCACUUGGGAUUAGCUUUUCAGACAAACCUUUCCAAUUCAUUUCUCUAUUUUACAGCCGGCGCUUUCCUAAAAAUAGUCAAAAAAUACUAGAAAUCCGACUUCAUUUCAUGAACAAAGUUCACGUAAAAUAGUCUUUCGGGAAUUUCGAGAAAUGCGGACCUGUGAUAUAAACGUAGAUCCGUGAUUUAAACGCCGGAAGCAGCGGGAGAAAAACCCCUGGUAUCCAUUGCUUGCUUUAACAGUAACGUCUUACCUCAUGUAUGAGUAUUUUAUGUAA